AUGGGAAGAAGGGGAAUGCGACUUGCAGCGGCCGUCGUGGCUCUCGCCGCCGCCGUCAACCUUGCCAACGCCGCGGACCCUGCGCCGGAAAUCAAGGACAAUCCGCUCCAUGUAGUCUACACAGCUACGCUUCCUGAGGACGCCUUCUUCCACGCGCCACAGCUUGAUGGCAAUAUGAGAGGUUUUAUCAGUGCUGCCGCCCCCCCAGACGGUGUGGGAGUUCGAUUCACCGUGCGAUUCCAGAACCUGCCAAAGACAGGAGGCCCUUUCCCCUACCACAUCCAUGUCAACAAAGCAAGCGGCGGCAACUGUACUGCGACCGGCGGCCACUUGGACACCAUGAAGCGCGGUGACAAGCCGCCUUGCGACGUCAACAAUCUUGCAUCGUGCCAGGUCGGAGACAUGUCUGGGAAAUAUGGCACGAUAAGCAGCGACCCGUUCGUCGUUGAGUACGUCGAUAAAUUCCUCUCUCUCAAAGAAAGCGACGCUGCCUUCUUUGGCAACCGAUCCUUUGUCGUCCACCUGGCCAACUCAACUCGUCUCACCUGUGCCGACUUUGUCAAGAACGGGCCUGACAUUCCGAGCGUCUCGCUACCCGGGUUCCGGGCCGACGACGGCGACAUCGUCCAGCACGCCGUCUGCGUCUGCGUCUGCGUCUGCGUCUGCGUCUGCGACCGCGACGACGACAAGCAGCCCCCCGACAUCGUCGACAAAGUCUCCUCCAGCAGGCACGGGGGUUUCUUCUAG